AUGUUGUGCAAAUGCACAGGUAGUGCAAUUGUUACAGUCGGCAAUCCGUCGGGUGGGCUACUAGACAACCACGCUGACCCUCCUUCGACCUUUCGACCUGUUGCAGCGGGAAGUAAUACAUCGGUUAUCGGGAUAUCAAUUGACUGGGGAAAUAUUAGUUCCACGCCAGAGCCCGCUGUGUGGGCUUUCGGCGUCUACCGAAAUCCGACGAUGCGACAUUUAACACCUAAAGGCUCCUCUGAGAACAGGAGUCCAUUUUUCGUAUCAGAGAUUAGUGAUCCAGUUGCUGCUGCAAAGUUUGUGCUAGAUGAUUUUCCACGGGCAUCAUUUGCAGCACAAGCUCUUGAUGCGCGGAUUCGGGCGGAUGGAGAGGCUUUUUCAACUGAAUAUGCAGACCUUCUCAUGUUAAGUGCACGUCAGGCUAUGGGGUCUAUGGAUAUCACGAUCCCUCCAUCGUUAAGCGGCUCUUGGGAUACAUCGGACGUGAAAAUUUUUAUGAAGAACCUUGGGGGAGUUGGCUCUGAUAACGAGGCUAUGACAAGUGUGAAUAAUGUGGAUGCACUUUAUGCAGCAUUCCCCGUUUUCCUUUAUCUCAAUCCUGAGAUAGGGAGAUGCCUUCUCGAGCCUCUCUUCGAGUUUCAGGACUCCCCAGCUUACAAGUUACCAUAUGCAGCACGAAACAUUGGUACCGCGUAUCCGAGCGCAACUGCUAAUGGUAUCAAUGACCAGCACAUUUACGGCGUAGAUGAAACUGCGAGCAUGAUUAUUAUGACUCUGGCAUACUCGAUGGCCUCAGGGAAUGGCACACUGAUUGAAAGACAUUACAACCUGAUGCGAAGCUGGGCGUUCUACUUGGGUAAUAAUACUGUCACUCCGUCCAAUCAAGCGUCCGGGGAUUUCAGUAUAAACGCCGAUUUUACAAGCCCCAAUCAGACAAAUCUUGCAUUAAAGGGAAUUAUCGGGAUCGCGGCAAUGGCCAGGAUCGCUGAACUUGCCGGUAUAGUGAUCGAUCAGCAAAGCUUUAAUGCGACAGCAAAUUCCGCUUUGGAAUUCUGGCAAGAUCAGGCACUUUCUACCUCACACGUCAAUUUCUUUUAUGGGAAUUCUAGCUCAAGUGGAUUGAUGUAUAACCUAUAUGCUGAUAAGCUACUUCGCCUCAAUUUGGUCCCUGACUCGGUAUACACGCUGUUAACUGGAUUCUAUCAGAACGAAGCAGCAUCUUUUAAGUAUGGGAUACCGUUGAGUAACUCCCCAAUGCAAAACACGACAACAUAUUGGAUGAUGUUCGCUGCAGCGACAGCGAAGAACGAUACAACUCGGGAUCUCCUAGUGAAACAGAUCCAUGCCUAUGCGUCAAAUAAUCUUAAUGCCGCACCUUUUCAAUCGAGAUAUGACCCCAUUACAGGUCUCAGUGGGCCAGGAACUAGUGCAACGACUGCAGGUAUAGCUAGCCCUGCACAGGGCGGCAUGUUCGCAUUGCUCGCUUUGAAUACGACAUCGAAACCGGUUAAGGUAUCAUCCAUUGACCCAUCUCCGAACGAAUCGCCCGCCUCGCUCAAAAUGAAAGCUGGUCUCAUCGCUGGACUGGCCGUAGCAGGCGUAGCGGUUAUCGCUAUUUCGUCUCUUGGCCUUUAUUUCUUUUUGCGCAAGCGUCGGGCACGGCAAGAUGAAAUCCGAAUUGCAACAAGCAGAAUUGAGACGUCUGGAUUUGCUCAUCCAUUCAUUUUGCCGCCACCAACCUCCGAAGCACAUACCUACAGAGCAAUAACCAGUAACUCUGCGUUAAUAUCUCACAACGCGCCAAUAUCUAUUCCCUCGGGGCCAACCAAUUUUCCCCGUGGAGCACACUUGCAGUGGGAGGGAGAGAGAGGAACUGACAAGAAACGCGAGCCGGCCAUGACAAAUGCGACUGAAUCGCAAACACGAAGGCCGACUGAGGCCAACGUGCAAGUCGGCACAGACCGCUUGCAAGGAGUUGAUGCUCUGCUUUCAGAAGUUGAUGCUAUGAGGCAAGAAAUAGAGCGGAUGAGACAUGAGCGACGUGCAGCCGAGGAUGCACCGCCUACGUAUUCGGAUCCAGACCUGUCGUGA